UCUCUUAUUGUGGGGUCUCUCUCUACAUGUCUUGUCUUUUCAAACUUUUCUCUCUCUCUCUGGUCCUUAACCUCUCUCUCUCUCUCUACUACUACUACACCAUGAUAUUGAUAAGGUAAAGUUCCUGCAUUACACUGCACCUCGGUUUUCACUUCCUCUCUUUUUUCAAGAACACCCCAUUUUUCAACUUCUUCUUCCUGUUUCAUGGACCUGAAUUUCUUAGGUUGUUAUUAGACAUACUCACACUGUGACUGAGUGAAUUGAUCCCUUGAAUUGUCAUGAAUUUUCCAGAGACAUUAUGAAGAUUGCAAGUUUCAAGAAACCGGAUGUCGGAUAUGAAAGAUAGGCAGCGGUGGAGAGCAGAAGAGGAUGCAUUAUUACGCGCUUAUGUUAAACAGUAUGGACCUAGAGAAUGGAACCUCGUGUCUCAGCGCAUGAACACGCCUCUUAACAGGGACGCAAAAUCGUGUUUAGAAAGGUGGAAGAAUUACCUCAAGCCAGGUAUUAAGAAAGGAUCUCUCACCGAAGAAGAACAGCGUCUAGUCAUUAGCCUUCAAGCAACACACGGAAACAAAUGGAAGAAAAUUGCCGCGCAAGUUCCCGGUCGAACUGCUAAGAGGUUAGGGAAGUGGUGGGAAGUAUUCAAAGAGAAACAACAAAGAGAAACAAAAGGUAGUAUUAACAGAACUGUCGACCCGAUUAACGAUAGCAAGUACGAACACAUACUCGAAAGUUUUGCUGAGAAACUAGUGAAAGAGAGACCAUCUCCUUCAUUUGUCAUGGCUGCUUCCAAUAGCUCUUAUCUUCAUACCGAUGCACAAGCACCAACUCCGGGAUUGCUUCCUUCAUGGCUAUCGAAUUCAAAUAAUGCAGCACCUGUUAGGCCAAAUUCACCAUCAGUGACACUAAGCCUAUCUCCCUCGACAGUAGCAGCGCCUCCUCCGUGGAUGCAACCAGUACGAGGACCGGACAACGCUCCUCUUGUUCUUGGGAACGUAGCUCCACAUGGCGCUGUUCUAAGUUACGGCGAAAGCAUGGUAAUGUCUGAAUUGGUUGAUUGCUGCAAGGAGUUGGAAGAAGUGCAUCAUGCAUUGGCAGCGCACAAGAAAGAGGCGGCAUGGAGGUUAAGCCGAGUGGAGCUGCAGUUGGAGUCAGAGAAAGCGAGUCGAAGGAGGGAGAAGAUGGAGGAAAUCGAAGCGAAGAUAAAAGCUUUAAGGGAGGAACAAGCUGUUGCUUUGGAUAGAAUUGAAGGAGAAUAUAGGGAACAGUUAGCAGGGCUGAGAAGAGAUGCUGAAACCAAAGAGCAGAAAUUGACUGAACAAUGGGCUGCGAAGCAUUUACGCCUUACCAAGUUUCUAGAACAAGUAGGGUGUAGAUCAAGGCAUGCUGAAUCAAAUGGAAGAUAGAUAGAAAGAGAGACAGACAUCACUUUCAGCAUUUUGAUCUAGUUAAGGUUUUGUGUGAUUGAGUUUUAUGCAGUUUUAUGGUCCUUGUUAGUUUUUGUUCUUUGUUCCUAUUUGAUUAAAAAAUGUUCUUAUAGAUGCAUAUUAAUAUCCUAUCUUUUCAUACAACUUGAGGACUUUGCAUUUGCAUUAGGGGUUUAUCUAAUGGUUUUUUUUUUAUUUUUGGGUCACUUUUGUAAUAAUAAACUUUAUGAUGAGGAAGAUGUGUACUGUUGUAGUACUGGUAUAUGGUUUUUAUGCACUAUAUUUCAUAAUUGAA